ACGCCACCAAAUUCUCUUUCUCAAAACCGAUCCUCAGGCCCUCCCCAAAGGCAUGCCCCGAAAGAACCACCUAGAACUCACGAAAAUGCAUCGUGCAUUGCCGUGUUUCAGGUGCGUGAACAAGUCCAUGGUCUUUUCGGCUCUGCCCCACAAAAAUGGACGAUGCGGCGCGGGCUCUUCGAGCUUAGACAUCGAGAGAUGAAGGUGGUGGUGGAGAUUUUGACCGGAGUCCUGUUCUCUGCCGAUGUUCCCAGUGACGGCACGGUGGCGGACCUCAAGCAGGAGAUCGGAGCCCAGCAGGAGCUCCCUCGCGACCGUCUCAUCCUGUUGCUCUGCGACGGGGAUCGGAGCAAUCCCAUCAAGGACGACGAAGACGGGGCUCGUCUGGUCGAUGUCGGGAUCAACGAUGGCUCCCACGUUUACCUCUUCUUCAAGCCCAUCGAUCCUGAUGAUCCUGAUCAAUCCCCACCCCAGGUGGUCGCAGUCGGUGGCGCGGAUGCUUCUCCAGAGGACCAGACGGUCGUUCAUAGUACUUGAACUUGAAUUAGUGUCUUUAGUUUUGUCCUUCAUAUGUUGAAGAAUCAUCUUCUUUCAGAAGCAUUGCAGUCGCCUU